AUGUCAAAAGUUCCAGCAAUCAAUACCCAAGUCCAACGUCAACGUGCUUCCCAAUUCACUUCCGAAUCAGCACCCGGGCCACUUGACCAAGACAAUGUAGCAUUGCAUAAAGACACAACACUUUACGAGCAAGACGAGCAAGAUGACUUGGACGAGGAAGACGAAGACGACGACGAUUCAACGUUCACUUCUUCUCCCAGUAUCCCUGACGAGAAUAUCAAUUUCGACUUGGUGUACGCGUUACACACAUUCGUAGCAACCGUAGAGGGACAAGCAUCCGUUUUCAAAGGAGACGCCCUGACAUUGCUGGAUGACUCCAACUCAUAUUGGUGGCUCGUUAGCGUUCUCAAAACAUCCGAAGUGGGUUACAUCCCUGCCGAGAAUAUUGAGACUCCAUUUGAGCGCUUGGCACGACUUAACAAGCAUCGUAAUGUCGAGGUGACUGCAAUGGAUCAAGCAGUGCAUUAUAUUCCUCAAGCAUCCAAGAAUAGCACGGCGACUGGUAGCAAGAUGCCGAAACGAAGGGUGACCAUGAAUAAGGAUUUGAAUGUUCAAGUACAGAUCAUCUUGGUGGGUGAUGAUGGAGAGCAACAAGUUGGAGAAGCAUACGAAGAAUGGGAGGAAAGCAUGGUGACCGAAUGCAGUGAUGAUGAUGAUGACGACGACGACGACAAUGAUUUUGAAAGCAUGGAUGAAAAGGAGCAAGAACAAGACGACAUCGGAGUUCAUCAUGAUUCUUUGCAGCACCGUGCCUCACAUCAGGAGAGUAGUACCACAACCGCAACAGCAGCAUCGGUGUCACAGCAACAAUCAUUACCUGAUAGCAACACCACAACAUCGUCUAAUUCUUCUACCUCAUCCACUUCUACGCCACCUAAUGCAAUCUCGACUCCUUCAACAAUCAACAACAACAACAAACAGCCUACUUCAGGAACAACAACAACACCAGUGGGUUCAUUAUGGCGACUAUUUUCUCGGGGCAAAAAGGAUAACAAUAUCAAGCCCAGCUCUGUUAUUCCCGCUCGUGUCUCAUCGGAAGAUGCCGAUAGUGGAUCCGUUUCUUCACUUGCCUCUUCGGUCAUAUCCGAAGAUAGAACAGCCCCUCGCAACCAUCAUGCAACAAGCAGCAACAACAACAACAACCAACUUGCUGUCCUCCGUGUAUUUGCAGGAAACGUCAAUGUAGGGGCCAUGUAUCACUCCAUGCUAGUUGAUGAGAAUACCAGUGCCGAGCAGUUAUUGAUCCAAGCUAUGGAACGCUUUCAUAUUGCACAAAUUGAAAACAAGGCUUCAGGUGGUGGACGAUCAUCCUCUCGUACUAUUACACCUACCAAUGGUAGUGGAGUGGAAUAUUAUUUGACAGUCAAGCCCAUGAAUGGAGAUGAAGUGACAUUGGCACCACAAGAUAAACCAUUGGCCAUCUUUCGCUCUAUGACUGAUCAGCUGACAACACCCAUGCCAUCAUUGGCACAUGUCAAAAAGUUCUCCCAGCAAUUUGCAUCAUCGACUUCUUCCACUGAUUCUCGAAGAUCGACCUUAUUACAUCAGCGACAGCAACAACAUGGCAGCGGAGAAGAUUCCAUUAUUCGAUUCUAUUUGCAUAAACGUAUUCGACGAGUCAACGAACGCGAAGGCCAAGUGUAUGUCAAAGUGUCACUGUAUACCAACAACACCAACAAACAAGGCACCACCGCUACCAGCAACAACAACAACAGCAGCAGCAUCCCAUCAGCAUUUUCAGCAGCCAAAAGUUUGAGGCGUAAAAAGGUUGAACCAAGUGAAGCUGCUCGAGAACGCAUUGACAAGUUGAUUGCCGUAUCAUCCACUGUGACGAUUGCUGAUCUCACUGAAAUUGCUCUUGACAAGUUUCAUAUUGUUCCACAUGGAGACAAUGAUCAUUAUCGCAUGGCAGUUUCAACACAACAUACCCAAGAGAAAUCACUCAAUCCUUCCACCAAAGUGAUCGAAGUCUUGCAUGAUGAUGCACCUGGCAGUACCCGAGACAAUGGAGAGAAGCUCUUCACACUACGAAAGAUGCAUGGCCCAUCUCGAUCAUCCUCUCGUGAAGGACAACAACGAUCUUUACAACAUGCACUCAAGACAACAACAACAUCACGAGUAAGCAAUCAUCAGCAAGGCCGGUCCUCGCCCAUUCCUGUUACUCAACUUGAUACCAAAAUACGCGAUGUAUUACAACGAGUGGAUUCAGCACUUGAACAACUUGGCCAUGACAAUAACAACAACAACAACAAACGAGCUGGAUCCUCAAGCAAUUCAUCAUCAUCAUCAUCAUCCCCCAUAUUAGCUGUGGCACGUAAUCCCGAAGGAGGUGUGGAUAUGAUCUUGGCGCAUGGUGCCCUUAUCAGCAAACCAUUGGCUCGAAAUCAGACUCAAUACUCAUUACUCGCCAAGGUGCCUGACGAAGAUCGACUGUGUCUUGCUGCACAAAAGGUUGUUCAAUUACCAAGCCAGCGAGCUGUCAGCACUCAGUUGAAACAUGUGACAGAGCAAGAUCUCGAUUCACUUGCACGAUUUGCUACUACCUACAUUGAUACCCAUGAUCGAAGCAAGAUCAGCCGCAAACCCUUGGUGGCUACUACUAGUAGUGCUACUCAAGGCCUUAAUGAGGAUCCCAAUUCAGCACCAUCAUUAGACGUCCUAGGUGGAAACGGUGGACAAAUGUCGAGCAUGGAUGAUUUGGAAAAGGAAUUCCAACGCAUUAUUGCCGCUCAUGCCUUUUAG